AUGUCAAGAAACGUUGCAACACAAAGAAAAUCUAAAGCACCGCCUCCUCCAUCUGAAACAAAACCGACUGCAGUUUCUCCAUUUGAUGACACUGAAUCAGCCAACUUCAUCAUGGAACAGAAGGAGAAUGUAAUCGAUAAAGAUAUUGAACUAUCGGUGGUCCUGCCAGGGGAUGUGAUCAAAUACACCACAGUUAAUGGGAGGCGACCCAUGAUGGACUUGCUGAUCUUUCUCUGUGCACAGUAUCAUUUAAAUCCAUCAAGUUACACUAUAGAGUUGGUAUCAGCAGAAAAUAGCCAAAUUAAGUUUAAACCAAACACACCAGUUGGAAUGCUUGAAGUGGAAAAGGUGAUUGUAAAGCCAAAACACAUGGAUAAGAAGAAACCUGCUCCGGUUAUACCAGAGCAAACAGUAAGGGUAGUGAUAAACUACAAGAAGACACAGAAGACAGUAGUGAGAGUUAGUCCACAUUCACCCCUUCAAGAACUCAUACCAAUUAUCUGUAGCAAAUGUGAGUUUGAUCCUUCACACACUCUGCUGUUGAAGAAUUACCAGUCUCAAGAACCCCUUGACGUGACAAAAUCUCUUAAUGACCUUGGACUGAGAGAACUAUAUGCCAUGGAUAUUAGUCGAGCCACAUCACCAGUUGAUUUAAAUUUACCAUCUUUGCAAGACUCCUACCAAUCUGAAAACUUAGAUGUUUUGAAGGAGAAAGAAAACAAAGGAUUUUUCAGCUUUUUUCAGCGAAACAAGAAGAAAAGAGAACAAGCUGCCAGUGCCCCAGCAACUCCCCUGAUGAGCAAGCCAAGGCCAACAUUUAUCACGAGAUCGAACACUGUUAGCAAGCAGUACGAUUCCAGCACUCUGCCAUCUGAAAUGCCGAAGAAACGGAGAGCUCCUCUACCGCCUUUGCCAAGCUCUCAGAGUGCUCCCCAGGAGCUCGCACAGACCCAGGCUGGACCAGCGUCUGGCUUGGUGAAAUCUAACAGCCUUGACAGGGAUGAGCAGGCCCCUCUGGGAUUAGUCCGGAAGGGUUCGCUGCCCCUCAGUGACACCGCUUCCGUGAACUCCUCUCUACGGAGGAUGAAGCGCAAAGCGCCCUCACCACCCUCCAGAGCACCAGAAGAUCAAAGCGAAAGCCGGAAUGAGACUGUAACAGAGUCAACAGAAUCAGCCUCUACGAAAGUGGAAGGAAGAUCCACCGAAAUGCAGUCUGAAACAGGUGUAAGGAGCUCAGAAUACAACCUGGAAGAAAUUGAUGAAAGGGAAGAGAUGAGUGUGCAACAGAGAGAGCACAGGGAAAGUCCAAAUACGUCUCCUGGGAUAGGAGAAGCUACUGCAGCCUUCAGCUCUGCUGAGGUACCACUGGAAACUGAAAAAAAUGCUCCUGCUUCAUCAGCUCCUGGCAGUGCUUCUGUAGACAACUCGCAAAGCUUCAAGGAGGAAAAACAAGAAAAUACGAGCACAGAUGGCAAGGGACUACAGGCUAAGAUAAGUGGUGAGCAAGUUGCAUUUGAAAAAGACCGGAAGCUUAGAAUUUUGGAUCAAAAUAAAACCGAUGAUCACAGUGAUACAAAACUCCUUCCAACAACAGAAGUGAAAGAACUUCAGACAGCUGAAAUGCAAACAGUAGAUUUUAGAGAAAAUAACAAGCUUGAAGCUGACAGACUAUCAAACUGCCAGGCAUGUAAAAACGACAUCUCUACAAGUCAUAGGAAUUAUCCUCAACUGAUUCCAGAAAAGCAAGAUCAAAAACCAAAUCAAACUACCUUGGACACAGUGAAAACUCAGGAUGUUGCGAUCCAGACAGGCCCAUCAGAUAGCAAUUUGGGAAGGACUGUAGAGAGAGAAAUUCCUCUUCGUCGGGAUUGUGACUCAUCCACAUUCAGAGGACUGGUCCCUCAGCACAACACAGAUACAAACAACCCCCUUCUUCAGGUGAUGCAUGGAAUACAAGAGGAUAAAGAUACUUCAACAGAACAGAAUCUUGAGAAACAAGAAGUUGCCCUUGAAAAAAUAAUUCCCGUAAAAGAUCAGAGUUACAUUUGUAUAAAUGGCAGUAAUUCUGCUUCGCCAGAAACAACUGCAAAAGCUCCAGAUGGCUCUCCCAUAAAAAAUCAACCUUUUUACAGACAGGACACCAAACCUAAACCCAAGCCUGCUAAUGAAAUUACAAGGGAUUACAUACCAAAAAUUGGAAUGACGACUUACACAAUAGUGCCUCCAAAAUCCUUAGAGAUAAUGAAGAACUGGGAAUCAGCAGUUCCAUCAGAUCAUAAAGAUCAAGAGAUGUCUGUUUUGGAAAACUCUCUGAAACAUGAACACCCCAAAGAAUUCAUAGUGCAAGCUGAAAUUCCUCAUCUUCCAAAAAGCGAGGGUCAUUUACAGGUUGGUUCACACAAUGAACCGGCAGCGGCAGAUGAUCUGCUGCACAGAGCGAAUAGUGUUUCUGAACGUGUUGCGUCAUCUGGAGCUGAGAUUACUGCUGAGAGCAGGUGGACGGAAACAGAGUCUUCCAAACAGCGUGUCCCGCUGAUGCUAAGCUUGGAUAAUACAAAUGCUUCUUCCGAGACUCAGGACAAGUCAAAUGCAUUAAGUCCUACAAUGAAGCCUAGUUCUUUUUAUCUACAAAUGCAACGAAGAGCUUCCAGCCAUUAUGUGACCUCUGCAAUUGCCAGAAGUACUGUUUGUGCUCCUAAUUCCAUUCAAAAUGAUGCUAAGAAUACAGAGAUGGAAAAAAAGGUCUUGCCACUUGAUCCAACUUUACAUAAAACCAACACUUUCUCUUCUCCAGCAGAUGAAGAAAAAGUCGAUGAUGGGAAAAAAAUGGAAUCCUCCACGGAAUCCUCCACUUCUCCUGUUAAAAGCAAUAAACCUUCAAGUUUUCCCUCCUGUCCACCAGCACCGUUGAACCUAAGAACUCUAAGAACUUUUGCGGUUCCAAAGCCGUACUCCAGUUCGAGACCAUCCCCUUUUGCUCUUGCCGUCUCCUCUGCAGUCAAAAGGUCACAGUCAUUCAACAAGACACGUACAAUCACUAGCCAGGCACCGAGAGAGGAAUUGCCUGUUGAACUCUCCUCUGCCACUUCGGCACUUGAAUUCUCCUCAGCUGCCUCUGUGCCUCAAGUGAAAAGCCCUUCCUUACAGACAGUAACAGGGAGGUCAGAAAAUAGUCUAAUGGAUAAGAAAGGCAGCAAUGUGAAUAGCGAGCAGAAGAGUCAGGCGCAGUCAGGUGCUUCCACUGACCACCUACCCCCUGUCACUAAGAAACCAACAGUGAUGACGUUCCAGCGCCCGGACCCAGAACAGAUCCACCAGAGCCUGCUGGCUGCAAUCCGCUCGGGAGAAGCUGCUGCCAAAUUGAAAAGGGUUGGUCCUCCAUCAAACACCAUGUCUGUCAAUGGAAGAGCCAGGCUUACGCAUCUUUAUUCCACAGAAGCAAAAGCUGAUCAUUAGAUAUUAAACCAAAUAUUUUGC